UGCUUUUGAGUUCUCUCUGUCGAGAUGGUCUCUACGAUUCUAUAAAAUGGUGUAUGACUGUAUGAAGUUGGAAGGACACUUACCUGAGAGUUGGCUAUUAGGGUCUUUGGUGUCCUCUUACGCACUAGCAGACAGGUUUAAUGUUUCGAAGGAAUUGCUUGACGAUUUUAAGUCCAGUAAGUUUGAAAUAAGUGCUGUUGUUUAUAAUGAUUUGUUCAACGUCUUGGUAAAACAGAAAAAAGUAGACGAUGCCAUCAUCUUAUUUAGGGAGCAUGUGGGAUCACAUUUUCGUCCAGAAACAUGCACCUUCAAUAUUUUAAUGCGAGGUCUGUGCACAGCAGGAGAAACUGAUGAAGCCAUAAAGUUGCUCAAUGACAUGAGCAAUUGUGGUUGUUCCCCUGAUAUAGUUACAUUUAACACUCUUAUACAUGGUUUUUGUAGAAUUAAUGAGGUCGGUAGAGCAAAGAGUCUACUAAAACAAGUUUAUUUAAAAGGUCAGUUUGCCCCUGAUGUUGUUAGUUACACAACAAUAAUAUCUGGUUAUAGCAAGUUGACUAAGAUGGAAGAGGCUGCUAGCCUUUAUGAUGAAAUGAUUAGAUCUGGAGUUAAACCUAAUGAAGUCACUUUUAAUGCUCUUAUUGAUGGCUUUGGCAAGGCUGGUGACAUGAAAUCUGCACUAUCCAUGCAUGAAAUGAUGCUCUUUCAUGGCUUUGCUCCUGAUGUUGUCACUUAUACUUCCCUGAUUGAUGGAUACUGUCGAAUUGGACAGGUGAAACAUGGCUUAGACUUAUGGCAUGAAAUGAAUGCCAAAAAUAUCCUCCCAAAUUUAUACACUUUCUCUGUUCUUAUCAGUGCUUUGUGCAAGAACAACAGAUUGCAUGAAGCUCGUGAAUUUUUAAGAUUAUUGAAGCAGAGGGAUGUUGUUCCAAAACCAUUCAUUUAUAAUCCUGUCAUUGAUGGAUAUUGCAAAUCUGGGAAUGUUGAUGAAGCUAAUGCAAUUGUAGCAGAAAUGGAGCAGAAAAGGUGCAAACAUGAUAAGGCGACGUUUACUAUUCUCAUUAUUGGGCAUUGUAUGAAAGGAAGAAUGCUUGAAGCAAUUGAUAUCUUUCAUAAGAUGUUGGCAGUUGGUUGUGCUCCUGAUGAUAUCACUGUAAAUUCUUUGAGAUCCUGUCUUUUGAAGGCUGGAAUGCCUGGGGAGGCUGCCCACAUUAAGCAAACUCUUGUUGAGAACCAGACAUCUAAAUCAUUGAAAAUGUCUUACCAUCCACUGACAAAUGCAGAUAUGCCAAUUGUAAGAGGCCCUUCAUGGAUCAAGGUUCCAAUUGGAUGAGUCAUACAAGUUAGGAGAUUUAUAGCUGCAUGGCUGCCGAGCAAUUUGUUUCCAUGAUACGUCAAAAACUUUGAUUUUUAGCACCCUUUUGACCUCAGAUUUUAUUGUUGCGCAGCUGGGAUUCAUUUCUUCCAAGUGAAGAAAAAGAAAGAAUUGGAUGAAAAGUAAUCCAAUUUGACUAAUACCCUCGGGCAUGUAAUGAAUCUACUCAUUUUUACAAGGAACAAUGCUACCUCUACAUGAUAAUACCUCCUACUGCCAGUUGACCGAACAAAGUUUAAAGGAAACAGCAUAGCACGUAGCAAAUCACAUCCAGAGUUGCUGCAACGGGUGUAAGAAGAAGCAUUCAAUUGAAAAGGAAACAAAUCAAGAGGGAGAUAUAUGAGAAAUGAAAGAAAGAAACAGCACCAUCGAGAUUAGAGAGAACAGGAGGCAUCACAAUGGCCUAUGAACACAAGGAACCUCUAUUGUUCUUCUAUCAAGUAGAUCCAUGGGAUUGUAUAGGGAUGCGUACAAGUUUUGAGCUUCUGUUAUGUCACUGAAUUCCAAUGCAACUUUGAACAAUCCUAAGUAAUGUUGGUGAUAAGAUCCUCACACAAAGCUUAUCUCUUUGAAAGUCUUGCGCAAAUAGUUGGAGAGGUCAAUUAAAUAUUAGUGAAAAUAUCAAAGAAGGAUUACAAUGCAGAGAUUCCAAUGCUGGAAUUUGGUUAUAGAUAAAUGUUGAAAGGAUUCCAGUGCUGUUCUGCUUUAUGGUAAUAUUUUCAAUCCAAAUUUCUUAUAUUGACAAAAGUUAAUGUAUAUGAGACAUUCAGGAGUAGAUUAAAAAAAGGGGAAGAGGAUAUAUUUAUUUUAAUUUUUGAAGUAGAAAUUUGUUAUCAUCAAAGUGAAAUGUCCAGGAAACUUCUUGAUGCAACACAAGUAAGCUACAUGAUUGUUAAGAAUUGCUAUUCUUUUUCGUCUGUGUAAGAUUUGUGUCAUGGUGACAUGGGUUAUGUUGUUAAUUGAUGGCCUCUCUUUUGUAAGAAAUGCAUUGUACAGCAUCCUGUCCUAUCCAAUCCAUUUGACAAUGUUAACUGUUUGUUUUGGA